AUGAGAACCAUGAAAUCGGUGCUAUCCAUCCAAUCUCACGUUGUUCACGGCUAUGUCGGUGGACGAGCUGCUGUCUUCCCAUUGCAAACCCAAGGAUGGGAAGUCGAUACUGUAAAUACAGUCAACUUCUCAAACCAUACUGGUUAUGGAUCCUUUUCCGGUUCAACAUUAGCUCCGGAAGAAUUAGAAUCGAUUUUCACUCAGUUACUUAAAUUAGGGAUUUCAUAUCAAGCAAUCAUAACUGGAUAUAUUCCAAACGCAAAUCUAAUUCAGAUUAUAAAUCAACAUAUUAUUCAAUUUAAACAAAGAAAUCCUAAUUUGAUAUAUUUAUUGGAUCCAGUUAUGGGAGAUGAUAAUUAUAUGUAUGUCGAUAAAUCAUGUAUUGCCCAAUAUCAAUCAAUCUUAAAGAAUAAUCUUGUGGAUAUAAUCACUCCGAAUCAAUUUGAAUUGGAAUUAUUGGUGGGAUAUCCUAUUGAUACCAAAUCUGAUAUUAUAACUGCUAUUAAUCAAUUACAUAAAGAUUAUAAGAUCCCAUAUGUGGUAAUUACUUCGAUUAAUGGGAAAUUAUUCAAUGAUAAAGAAGAUAUUUAUUGCAUAAUCUCAAACAUGAAUACCAAACAACUCAAAAUGGUAAAGGUCCCAUUGAUACAUUCAUAUUUCACCGGAGUAGGUGAUUUAUUCUCGGCCCUAUUGUUAGAUAAGUUAGUUAAAUGUAAUAUGGAUUUACUUAAGGCAGUCAAACAAGUUUUGACAAUUAUGCACAGGACAUUGAAAUUAACCCACAAGCUAGCAUUACAGGCUGCUAAAAAUGACCAUCCAAAGAUCAUGAAUGGCAAUGGCGUUGCCAAUGGUAUUGGCCACGAGAAUCUCGAGGAUACUGAAGAGUUAGUGGGGAAGAUAAAUGAUGCUGAAACUAUGAAGUAUUUUGAAUUGAAGAUUAUUCAAGCCAGACAGUUUUACGAUUACGAUGGCCCAGGAGAGUUCGUCGAGAUGGAUGUAGAUGUUAUAUAA